GAAGUCUGUACGUCUCCUUUGUGAUUGAUUCGUACAGACACAGUUCUACAAGAGAUCUAACACUUCGAUCUAACACUCAUAACUGAUCAAUCUCUUUUGAUCCCACAGAUUAUAUAAGUGUAACUCCAAACAAAAUCUAUCCACAUCUACACAGACAUUAUAAUUGUCGUGCGCCUUUCAAUCAGUAUUGUUACUAUUAUUAUUAUUAUUGAAACAAAGGGAAAACCGUAUUACUAUUACAUAAUACACAUGAAGUGGCCAAUUGAAAUGAUUUUCUUACUAAUGAUCUAUUCAAUAAUGCUACACUAUUUACCGCAUAGUCAUGGUACCUCUUUAAACCGGUUUGACGCUGAAAAUGAAGCUCUUAUCAAUGAGUACUUUUCAUCUGAAAAAAUGGAUGAAGCAGCCGAGAAUUGUGUACGCCUUGUCAAUAGUAGAACUUAUAAUAGCAACACUAAUAAUAAUAAUUAUUAUAAAAAGAAGAAAAGUAGUAUUAAAGUUGAACAAGAAUAUGAUACUGAUGUUAUAGAUCCAGCCUUACUUUCAUAUGAAGUACGUAAAUUAAAAUGGAGAAAUUGUAUCAUCAAAGAAUUGGAUCGUAUUAACCGUGGUCUGUUCCAAUGGAAUCCAACUUCACUAUUAAAAUUUAAUGAAGAAUAA